GUCUCUAGGCCAGCCGUCACUCUCCAUUGAUCGAAGAUGCGCGCAGCUACAUCCUCAAUCCGCCGGGCGUCACGAACGCUUCAGAGCGCGUCCUUCAGCUCCGCUGCAUCCUCUUCGUCAGGCUUCCACACCGCUGCGUAUGUGGCUGUGGGUGGCGGUGCCGCAGCGGCCGUCGUGGCAGCGUACAACGGCGUGGUGCCACACGAAUGGGUCAUCCGGCAGCUGGCCGAGCCUAUGAUGCCCGUCGUGCGGCUGUUUGAGCCCGAAACCGCCCACAAGAUCGCUGUGCAAUGCGCGCGCUUCGGUUUGACGCCUAAGGAUCCGGAGACUGAUCCGGAGCUGCUGCACGUUAAGGCUCUUGGUCUUGAAUUCACUAACCCACUGGGUAUCGCCGCUGGCUUCGAUAAGCACGGAGAGGCCAUGGAAGGGAUGCUGGACAUGGGCUUUGGCUGCGUCGAGAUCGGCAGCGUUACGCCCAAGCCGCAGCCGGGCAAUCCGACGCCCCGUGUCUUCAGACUGGCCGAAGACAGAGGCGUCAUCAACCGCUACGGGUUCAACAGCAAAGGGCUCGAAUACGUCGGCGCCCGUCUCGAGAGAUACGUCGGUUCCCGUGCCAAACGCCAGGAAAAUGGUCACCGUGCUGGCGUGUUGGGCGUUAAUCUUGGCAAGAACAAACUGACCGAAGACGCAGCGGCCGACUACGUACAGGGCGUCCACGCAUUGGGCAAGUACGCCGACUACCUGGUCGUGAACGUGUCGUCGCCCAACACUCCGGGACUGCGUACUUUACAGGGUAAGAUCCAACUACAGAAACUGCUGGAGCGCGUACUUAAGGCCCGUGACGAGGUCGCGGCCACGGAGAAGCGCAACAUUCCUCUACUGGUGAAGAUUGCACCCGACCUCACAGAGGACGACAAGCAGGAUAUCGCUGACGUGGCUCUCGAACUUAAGCUGGACGGACUGGUGGUGUCCAACACGACGCUGAGUCGUCCGGAUACGCUGAAGGGUGCCGCUAAGGGCGAGACGGGCGGACUCAGUGGUCUGCCUGUGCGUGAUCUGUCCACCAAGGUGCUGGGCGACAUGUACAAGCUGACUAAGGGCCAGAUCCCGCUCAUCGGUGUGGGCGGUGUCUCCACGGGUCAGGACGCGUACGACAAGAUCCGCGCCGGUGCGUCACUCGUGCAGAUGUACUCGUGCUUGAUCUACGAGAGCCCGUUGGCUGUGCCACGUGCCAAGAAGGAGCUGGCGGCGCUGCUGAGUCGUGACGGAUACACGAGUGUGACCGAAGCCGUCGGUACUGCCCACAAGUAAAACGUGCCGGUUUUGGUGGUCGUACACAGCUCUCGUUGCGUCUGGAAUAGCGAAAACCUCCUCACUGCAAGCCCCACAGCGGGAUCGCCGGCUUGACCUCGAGAAAAAGCCUGCAUACGCAGAACACGCAAAAAAAAAAAUGAGAACUCAAGCUGCAGGGAGUAAUACUUUUUUAGUUUGACAAACUGGAAGCUUAUUUUUAACAACCGCGAAUCAAUCGUUUUGAUUUCUUGUGUAAGUAAAAUGAAUGGAAUCGUGGAUCGAAUGUUCUUGCUAAAUGCAAUACUGAGCUCC